CCUCAUGUUGAUCUGGGCGAAGCCGAGUUCGAACCUCUUCAAGAAACCCUAUCACGAUACCAGUCAUUUGUACCAAGGUUUUCACUUCCCUCUCAACAUGCGUUCAAUCGAUAUAUAAAUGCGUAUUUUGACUCAUUCCAUCCGCAUUUGCUGUUCAUACAUCCGUCCACUUUCAAUCAUGCAACGGGCAACCUCGAACUUGUGCUGUCAGUUGCUGCUGCCGGCGCACAAUAUCGGUUCGAACAUCAACAAUGCGUGACGCUGUUCUUUGCUGCCAGUGAUAUUCUCCAUGCACGGAUGAGAGAGAGGCGAGGAGUAUCAGACAGAUCAAGGCUGUCGGUAAGCAUAAACGAAGACUCCGAUCCAUCUGGUCUAGACCGGGGGCUACAAUACCAAGCGUGCACAGAUGUGGUUGACACUGAGAACCAUGAUGACUCUCAAUCUCGAUCAAAAGUGCUCCUGAUGGAUGAUGCUCGUUGAUGUUGAAUCUGAUUGUUUUUCCACAUGGAGAAUCGAUCGACACAUUCAUCACACAACUUUGGCGCUGCGAAGCAGUCUGGUCCAAUGUGUGCGAGAUGCCGGUCUUGAUGAUAGAGGUUCAGAUCUCGACGAUGACAAACUUGGGUGGCAGGCGUGGGCAGAAAGGAAUCUGACAAACGCACCAAAUUACUCGCCUUCGCUUUCCUGAAUAUUCAGAGCCUGGCCUACAUUAUCCCGUCCAUCCUGCUGGCAGAGGAGCUUAAUUUGAGAAUGCCUUCGUAAAGCAAGGAGUGGGCAGCAACAAGUCAAGAGCAUUGGCAUGCACUACGUCAUGAUGGCCGUCAUCUGGCCCAAGGCCGGGUCGCUGAGACAUUGUCUCGUCUGCUGAAAUCUGAUGGUGCUACCAAUAUCGAGCCGGCUCCAUCGGCCCUGGGUAAUUAUGUGUUAUUGCACGGCUUAUUGCAGCGGGUAUUCUCCUGAGGCAAUCUUUUGCCUUCAAAUUUGACCAUUCUACUUCUAGGAAUUCUCUUCGCUCAUGGACAAUCGCCUGGCAAGAAGCACCCGAGUCCAGCCUCGAUCCACGCAAUCCGAACGGGCCUAUACCAUUUACUUCAGCCGGUCUCCUCGGACUCAUACAUUGCCGCCUAUGCUUGGACGCCGGCGCAUUCAGAGCCCUGGACUCGAAAAGUCCACAAAAGAUCGCCAAUACGCUUCUCAACAUAACUCCGAUCCAAGGUAGACCUAUGCUGGAACGAGCUCUUCUCCACGCCACACAUUCUCUUAACAUUCCGGUCAAAUUGGGUGUAGCAUAUGUCGCGCGGAGCCGGGGCUUCUUUUGGAGUAUCCAACAUGCGCUUUGUGCCCUCGAAUACGCGGUGUUACUAAGCAAAUGGCUUCACGACUUG